UGUCACCCAACUGUUGAUAGUUACUGAGAGUGACGGAAUGUAUGACCAACUCUAUACCGUCAUUACAAAAAGUAUCUUCCAGGACACUUCAAAAGCACCUUGGACGAUGUUUUUUUUAUCACUCCCACUUAUUCCCCUCAUUGCUUGUCACGGCGGAGACCAUCCUCAGUAACAACAUCCUCGUCUUCUCUCUUACAACCGGGCUUGAAUAUUCCCAUUUUUACAUUUUCUGGUAGUAGUUUCUCUAUUUGUGGUCUCUAGAAGACGACUCGCGCGUUCCAUUACGAUCUUCAAUCACUUUAAUCUGCAAAUCGCUCAAUUCACAAAGUUCUUUCUGCAACCAUCUCACUUGGCAACCAACAAAUGCCAUCUCCGCUGGCGGUAACAUUUGGUUCAAAUAGCCGCGACUCUUUACCAGACAACACUCGUCGCGGUACACCUCCUAUGUCCCUCCUCUCCCCCUCCCAUGCAGUCUCUUUCGAAAACAUGUUGCGUCAAUUCCGAAAAUUGUCGGCACCAUCAUGUAAUUCAUCCCUACCCCAGACUGUGAAUUAUCCGCUCGUACACCUCGACUCCGUCGGACCUAAUUGUAUGCCUCGAUCGGCUAAUUCUCAGCCGCCUUCACCCCUUGCUCAUCUGGGCGCCCCAUUCGUCCCUGUAUCCUGCCAAAUGUCAGACGAUUUAGACAUCGGUAGCCCGAUAUAUCACCGCUUUCACAACGACUCCCACUUGGAUUUGUCUCCGACAUCGUCAGGGAGCAGUGAGGCAAUUUCCUUGCCGUCACCACGCGAGUUUCCUGGCAGUCGGUCAUCAUUUGAGCAAUUCAGAAAUACGCGAUCACGCGUCCUUCAUCUCCAGAAGGAUCAUCGCUGGCCAUUGCCAUCGUUUGUUUCCUUCUUUAAAGAGGGACGAGAUCGACACGCUCUUGUCAGACCGCCCAUGGCUAUGUGGGCCGUGAACGAGAGCGUUGAACCAAAUGAUGUCUGGGCGAUGUUCCAGUCACACGAAGAUGCCUGUACAACACUUUCUCUCUCUCAUCCCUCCAUCACCAUCGUACCUGCUCUUGAGAGCGAUUUAGAACCUUUCGAUAGGCUGCGCAGAGUUGAUUCCGUGUUCAAGAAACCUGUGUUUUCGUAUCCUGCUGGUCACAAUCUACUUCGCAUGUCCUUGUCAACGCCCGACCUUCACAAGUGUGUACACGUCGGCACGCCCACAUUCGUACAGAGCUCUAUGGGGUCACAAAACGAUGACUUUGUCAUCUCCAGCAACCCGCCUAACCCGCGGACGACGUUCAGAUUGGGUGACUGGAUAUGCAAUUCGCCCAACUGCGCAGCGCACAACUUUGGACGUAAUUUAGCUUGCAGAGGUUGUGGAUGUCCACGUUCUGACAACCAGCCCUCAACAAUGCAGCGGCAAGGGUCUUGCGGGCCACCCGCGUCGCGUCUUCCAGUAUCACCUCGUUUCGUCAAUCCAUCCGGACAUGCGCCCAUGUCGCCAAGCCCCCUCUCUCCAUCGCUUACCUCCCCUCUUUACCCCAGUGUCGGUCAUAAUGUGCGUCAUGCACCGCACCCUAUCCAGCCUAGCAUGAUGAGUGCAAAGCCUCCCUCGCCUACCCACCCACUCCUUACCCCAUCUGGACGUUCCUUUGCGGUGGGAGGUAAGGUGCAAAACAUAUCUUCGGAUCCAUUGUCGCCGUGCGUCAUGUAUUGGCCGGACAACGAAUCAUUCCCAGAGCAAGGUCAAAUUCGACCAAGCAGUUUGAUGGUUGCUCCACCUCCGAUCCUCAACACUGGUAACCGCGGGCCCAUUGAACAUCAGCCUGGUGAUUGGAUAUGUCAGAAGUGCAAUUAUCUGAAUUGGAGGCGCCGCAAAGUUUGCCAGACUUGCUUCCCUUAUGCUGAAGGAAAUGGCGAUUCCAUCUCCGCUGCCGUGCAAGCGGAGCGCAUCAACUUACUUACAUCGCUCCUUGCGCAGAACCAGCUUCCGCUCGCGAGUGGCCCUGUAUCCCUUCCAUCUCAAGCAUCCCGAUCUCAUUCCAUGACGCCACCGCAGCGCCGUCGCAUGUUCAUGGACAACAUUCAUCAGAACCAAGUACCAUACCGAUCGCGUUCGCAUUCUAAUUUUGACUUAAGCACCCAAUAUUCCGAUUCCCAGUUUAUCUAUGAAACGUCCGCUCCCCGUCGUGCCUCACCAUCUUCGUUCCCAAGCCUUGGUGAUCUCGAGGACUGUCUUCCUGCCAACAUUCCUGCUCCUUUACUUCCCUCUUUCUUGCAGGAUAUCGUGCAGUCUCCCACUCUGUCGCCAAGUUCCACGUCAUCUGCUGACCUAUCUCCUGAGGAUUACGAUGAUAGUUUCUCUUCGGGACGUUCAUCGUUCGGGAAGGAGCGCAUUACUACGAAUGACUCCUCCUUGAACCUGCCUGUUAGCAACAUUUGGAAGUUGAACGAUGAGGAAACGAAGGGCAUCGCAGGUGUUGCGUUGCCUAACAUAGGCGUCAUAGGGAGCAGGAGAAGCAGUCACGAGGUACUGCGUCGCCGAUCCAAUUCGCCUUGAUUUUUUCAUUUAUAAUACAUUAAGCAUUAGGGAAGGAUACCGACAAGCAAGGUCUCUGAUGGACAUGUGGAAGCGUCCUGGGUAUUGUACGGAGAAUAUGGUUAGAGUGAUCGUUCUGGUAUUUUUAUUUGUUCUUUCCCUAGUGCUGGCUCAUACGACGGACUGCUUGCUUCGACGCAAGACGUCCUCGCGCAUUUUUUUCUGCUUCAUCUUCGCACUUUCAAGUUGGAUCUCGCAAUCGUACCAGCAUAUUCUGCAUAUUGUUUAUCUUGGUCAUUUAUUUUAUCUUGGAGUUCCUUACGCCUCUCUUAUGUACUACUGCAUAGUCCUAAUUGUGUUCGUAAAAGUCUGCAAUAGUAUUGAUGUCUUAGCGUGUUAAA